AUGGCCCAGAGCGUGGUCUAUGCAGACCUGAAGUUUGCAGCAUCCCCACCGCUGGCCGUGCCCUCCUGCCCCGCAGCCCUCGAGGAGGACGACAGCCCCUAUGAGAACGUGCUGGUGGGGACGGUGCCUGCAGAGCCCAGCCCAGGGCGAUGUCCCUGGCGCUGGCGUGUCCCCAUGGUGCCACUGGCUGCCAGCCUGAUGGUGCUGCUGGUGCUGCUGGUGGUGGGCACUGUGACCCUGGGGACCUGCUACUGGCAGGUGAGCCGCAGCCUGCAGGACGCCUCCCGGGAGCACGCGGCCGAGCAGGGCCGGCUGGAGCAGGAGCUGAGCGCCCGGGAGCAGCGGCUGGAGCAGACGCGGCUGGAGCUGGCGAGGGCCAGAGCGGAGCUGGGGCACGCGUGGCGGGACGGCAACAGCAGCCGAGCGGCGCUGGAGCUGCGGGACGUGGAGCUGGGGCGCGCCAGGCAGGAGCUGGGCGAGCUGCACAGGGAUGUGCAGCGGCUGCAGGGAGAGCUCAACAGCAGCCGCAGCACCGUGGCCGACCUGCGCGCGUGCUUGAACACGGAGUGCUGCCCCUCGGGAUGGGUGCUCUACAGGGGCAAGUGCCUCUUCAUCUCCGUGGAGAGCAAGACGUGGCAGGACAGCCUCCAGUACUGCCAAGGGGAAUCCGCUCAGCUGCUGGUCCAAGGGGACGGGGCAGCGUGGACAAUGCCGAUGGUGGCUCUGUCCAAGAGUAUCCUAUGGGAAGAUGCAGAGAUUCGACUGCUCGAGAAAAUUGCCAUGGAUCUGUGA